AUAUCAGAGGCUCAAGUGGAGGAGAUUGGAACUUCUGAGUUUCUUCCAGGCAGUGAUGCAAAGAGUCUGAAGAAAGAAGUAGCAACCACUGGUGUUACCACAGGUGAAAGAAGAGGGGGAGGAGGAGAGAAUGGAGGCGUUACCGGCCACACCGGUUCAGCAGGUGAACACGCUGAUGGAAUGCGACUUUGCUCCACCCUCCAGUGAGCUGCAUGGGAAGGGGGAGGGCUCAGAGGGAAACUGGACCGAGGAAUUGGAAACAGAAGACCACCCUAAUGGGGACAAGCAACUCCAGAGCCAGGAGAUACCAUAUCUGGCUCAAAAACACAUAAAGAGUUCUGAAUAUGAACGUUCUGCUUCCAGUAUCACAAGAGAGGAAAAUAUGAUCUCACCCAGAUUAAGAGAGGGAGAAGAGCAAGUUUCAUUGACUGUAGGUGCAGACAAAAUAGGUAAGGUGAGCAAAGAAAGCUCAGAAAGCAGCAGUUGCACUACAGAAAGUGCAGUCACAGAUACGCCUGCUGGGGUAGAGGUUGCCACGGGCACUUUGACUCACAGCGCUGAGCUGCAAUCAGAUGCCACAGAGAUUGAACACAAUAGUUGUGAGUGGGUGGAUACUAUUACUGAGAGCACAGACAGAACCAGGACGGUGCAAGAACAGGUGGCAGUUGAGCUGUCAACCCCAGACGAAGACACACACCAUCCUGAACCUGAGCAUCCGGCAGAAGCGCAACCCGAUCUGAAUGAGGGAUCCCUGACAGCGUCAGCUACGCCCACAGCAGCUUCAGAAGUCGACAAGGAAUCGGUUGACAAAAUGAAUUCAUGCUACAGCAGCCUGAGCACCAAACUGUCCAUAAAGAAUUCAUCUCCCCCUGAAGAGGAUGAAUACCAAUAUAGUUACCGUAAAGUAUCUCGGAUCACUGAGAAUGAUACCCCUGAGGUCAGCCAGGAUACAGUGGACUUCAGUAAGACAAGCACAACUGUCACUGAAUCAAAUUGGAAUGAUAUCGGCUCAGAUUACAAAUGGAGAAAUACAUUUGAGGGGGUGUCUCAGUAUGAACCACACAAAAUAAAGGAUUCCUCCUUUUCUGAUUCCCUGAGUUACAGAAUGUCUGACUCUCACUCCAGUACCUACUCCUCCUCUGCUCUCCCCGAGGCUGAAGCGUACAAACACCUCAGCAACGCCUCUCCCUCUCCAGAGAAACACAUUACCUAUGGAAGCACGCUGAGUGACAGGACCAGAGUUUCUCUGAGCUAUGAGAGCGAGCCAGCAAGAGCCCCACUGGAGGAAUGGAGGAGGAGUUUAGUGGAGCAGGAGGGGCCUGCUGCACCUGCCGUUGAAGGAGUGGGAGAGGCAGAGUCGGAGAGGAUAAAGUCACACUGGGACUCACAACAGUUCCCUGUGUCUGGCUUCUCCUCUGCACAACAACACAGCCGCGACACCUUCGACAGUUUCCAAAAAGACGACGGCGCCUCAUCCCGUUUUACUGGAGUGUUCAAAGCCACACUGGUGGAGCUGGUCACCGAACCUGCAGCUCUCCCAUCCUCUCCCCCUGCAUCCCCCGACGCAGACUCUCCUUACCAGUUUGACAUGGAUAUCCUAGUGGAUACCCUGAAGAGCAUGGGACCUGCCCUAAGGCCCAGAAACACAAGCGUUCGUGGGCCUCCACAGGUCCUCGUCUCCUCCCUGCCACCAAUCGUCGAGGAUGCUCCCAGCCCCAUCACCCCUGACAUUCCUGCCUCCCUCACCAGUCCCACAAAAAAGAUGGAAGAAAUAGGCAACCCUGCCGACUCCCUCAAAGGACUUUACACUCUGCCUGCUGACCUGGGCCUGAAGAAGACUUCCCUCAGAGACAAUCGGUCACCACUGGAACGGUUGAAGCAGAGCCAGCAGGAGCAGCAGCAGCAUGAAUCAAGAGGCCUGACAUUGCCCCUGAGAACAUCUGCUACCAACAGUUUAGUGAUGAGAAAAUCCUCUGACUCUUCUCCUGAGGAAUUAAAAUCACCAGUGCUGAAUGGAAACGGAUUUCAUCCGUCUCCCAACCCUGGCUCUCGCCUCGACAACAGUGUCAUCUUUGGAAGCUACAGGUCAUCAUCCAUAGAACAGACUUUGGAAAACGGAAAGGCCCAUCAUCUGCUCUUCCGCACCAGCUCGUUACCUGACACGGGGCAUUCAAACGAUCGCAUGAUUGUGGGACAGAAUGACCUUGGUAAACUGGGAACAGAACAAGCGGGGUCCCGCUUUGAGCGCUUCUCCUUCCUUGGGAGCUCCUCGUCAGGCUCCUUGACCGGGGCUAAUGACUCCAACGCUCGUAUUAGUAUGCCUCCACGGAUGGGCAUUGGAUCGCCGCCUACAAACAACAGUCCCACCCGCCUCCUCAGCCCCACUGGAUCCAUAGACCUCCAGAGGCCGUUCACCACCACAGACUCCCCCUUAUCCGUGUUUGGCCAGACACAUGUGAUGGGGAUGGGUGUAGGUACUAGGGGCCUGGGCUCUCCCAUCCUGCAGAGGAGCUUCAGUAAUGAGGGCACCGUGGGAGUCCAGCAGACUCCAUUGUUCAACAGUAUGCAUGGAGGGUCUCAGUUCCAGAGCCAAAGUUUCGAGCCUGACAAGAAUUUAGCGUCGAAAUACAGAGCCUUCCCUGACGCUUAUCUCACUAAAGAGAAGGAGCAUGGGAAGAUCAAUCCUCGUCCUGGAAAGCUGUAUAUCUUCGACCAGCCUGGGAUGUGCGGCCAGAGGAUCGAGGUGCGCAGUGAUGUCAUCGAUGCUACGUCCUGGGAGCUGCAGGAGAUCAUCUCCAUCAGAGUCAUCAGAGGAGGAUGGGUUCUGUAUGAGAAGCCUAACUUCAAAGGGGAAAAGGUCGCUCUCGACGAGGGCGACUUAGAGCUCACCUACCCCUUCAACACAGAGGAGCAGCUGCAGAACGGACAGAAAGAGGGCGAAGAGCAGAACGGAGAAACAAGUAAUGAGCAGACAGAGACCAAGCCAGCCAGGAGGUUCAUCAUCGGGUCUGUACGAAGAGCUGUCAGGGACUACAGCGUUCCAGAAAUCAGUCUUUUCCCAGAGGAGAACGCAGAAGGGAAGAAGGUCAUCUUCAGAGAUACGUCUGAAGACGCCAGGAUCUUUGGCUUCCCCAUCAAGGCUACCUCUAUUAUCAUUAAUGCUGGCCUCUGGCUCGUGUAUGCACAUCCCUUCUUCGAGGGCGUACCACGUGUCCUGGAGGUGGGGGGGUUUUCCAACCCUGCAGCCUGGGGAGUGGAACAGCCCUAUGUGGGAUCUCUACAUCCACUCAAAGUAGGUGAACCAAAAGUGGAAAAUGUCAGUGAACCAAAGAUGGUGAUCUACGACAAGCCGUACUUCACUGGGAAAUCGAGGACCAUAACCACAAGCAUGAGAGACUUCAUUACCAGAGCAGACCAGCAGCAGACGGCCUUUAUGUACAAAGUCGGCUCGCUUAAAGUAAUGGGAGGAAUCUGGGUGGGCUACGAGAAGGAGGGCUUCCGAGGCAAGCAGUACCUGCUGGAGGAGGGAGAGUACCAUGACUGGAGGGUGUGGGGAGGCUGUGAUGCUGAGCUGUGCUCCACCAGGGUGAUACGAGCUGACCUGACAGACCCCAUGAUGGUAAUGUUUGAACAGCCAGAAGAAGACCAGGACGGCAUGGAGGAGGACAACACCUUCGAGGUGAAGGAGGCCAUUCCUGACGUUGAGCUGUUUGAGUACAAAACCUCCACGCGCUCAAUCCAAGUACUCAGUGGGGCAUGGAUAGCCUACUCCCAUGUGGACUUCUCUGGUAACCAGUACAUCUUAGAGAAAGGUUUCUAUAAUAACUGUGCUGACUGGGGCUCUCAGGACACUCGCAUCUGCUCAGUGCAGCCCAUCCUCCUGGCUCCAAAUGACAGCUCAAGGAGCAGGAAUGAGCUGAUGCUGUACUCUCAGCCAGACUUCCAGGGCGAGUGUCAAGUCCUCGACCGGAACCAGGAAGCCAUGUCAGAAAAACUACUGCCCAAGUCCUGCAGAGUGUCAGGGGGAAGCUGGGUGUUGUACGAGGAUAAACAGUACUCUGGCAACAUGUACGUGUUAUCUGAAGGAGACUACCCCAAUUUAACCAGCAUGGGAUGUCAGCCUGGCUGCACCUUCCGUUCUGCCAAGGUCGUCCCAAUGACAUUCUCAGUUCCCUCCAUCUCUCUGUUUGGCCUUGAGUGUCUGGAGGGCAGAGAGAUCACCAUGGACACAGAGAUCUCCAACAUGAUCGAAGAGGGCUUCAACAACCACAUUCUGUCUGUCAGAGUCAACAGCAGCUGUUGGGUGAUAUGUGAACACAGUAACUACAGGGGACGCCAAAUCCUACUGGAACCAAUUGAAAUCACCAACUGGCCGAAGUUUAGCUUGCUACACACUAUUGGCUCAAUGUUCCCAGUCAGACAGAAGCGCUGCUUUUUACGCAUCAAGAACAAAGAGAGGGGCCACUUCUUGUCCGUCCAGGGCGGCGUAGAGGAGAUGAAAUCAGGACGAGUGGUGGUGACACCAGAAUUUGAGCCCGAGAGCGACAUCUGGUACUACCAGGACGGCUUCAUCAAGAGCAAGUUGUCCCCAACCAUGAGCCUUCAGGUGAUGGGCAACAUAGAGCCAGCAGCCAAGGUGGUUUUGUGGGUAGAGACCCGGCAGCCUGUCCAGAACUGGACAGCACAGAUGAGAGGCCUCAUCACCAGCCUUACUUUCCCUGGAUUUGUCCUGGAUGUCAAAGGUGGCAAAACUUACGACAAGGACCAUGUGGUGAUUAUGCCGGAGAAUGAUGAGAGGCCAAGCCAACAGUGGGAGAUAGAGCUGCUGUAACCUGCUUUAAGAACCUUGUGUUUCUCUUCGCUAAGCUUUCCUCAGCAGUGCAUCAAUAUUGCUCCUCUGUACAACUCCACAAUAUCCCAUAAAUAGCCUGGGAGGCUCUGCCACUGCCUUUGUUUUCCAAACUCCAUGAUCCAUGAAACCAGUAAGAACAUUGCGACAGUAAAAAAGCAAUGAAGCACUGAAACGCUGCACCAGACAGUUUAGUGCUUUGCAGAGUUUUGUGUUUUUGUUAGUUUGCACUGUCAUGAAAAAUAUUAAAACAUUUUAAGUUGAAUAAUAAUUUUCUGUAUGCGAGGACUCCAAAUAUAAAGUGCCUUCUCCUGCUGCAGUGUCUGAGUUGAAAAGCCGGAAUAAAUGUAUUUUAUGAGGAUGUGCUGAACUACUGUGCACAGACCCAGCAAGGACGGAACCAUUCAUGUGCAUCCAGAGAGAGAAGGAAUGGUUCGACCUAUUCCUUGUCUUUGACAUUUAUGGGAUUGUUAUCACUUUUAAACUAGAAUCCUCCUGUGUGUAUGAUUACAGACUCAAGCAAAUUCCUUGACUGUAGACAGUUGAGGCUUUUAAAUCUUUGUUUACAGCGAAGCAAAUCGAGUUUCCAUCUCUAGACAUUGUUUUCCUGCAGUGAACAGCAAGUGGUGUACAGAUAGUGGACAAAUGAAGCCAAACGAAUGCAUAGUGUUCUAGGAACGUAUGCUAUGUUUAAAAAAUAUGAAUUUUAUUGUAUGUACUGUAUGUAUCAAUGUUUGUUUUGUGGAACAUGUUGCACUUGUGCUUACAGUAUAUCACAUUGAAUUGCGCAGUGCAAUGAAAUGUCCAGUUACCCUGUCAUUUGUUAUUAUUUUGUUGAAAUUGUUACAUGGAAAUAUAUGUUGUCUGCAUCAGCUGUAUGUUAAUAUUUGAUACGAAAGAUGUGAUGUCAGAUGUUAUGUAAAAGGGAGUGGUUUUGAAAUGUUGAAUAAAAAGAAAACAUUGAUAAAUAA